GCAGAGAUUCAGAGCAAGGGGGAGAGAGGAAGGAAAUGUUUCUUCAAACUCUGUUUUAAGAAACAAGUUCUAUGCCUUUUUGACUGGGAUAAUGACAGAAAAUAGCAUAAUGGGUGAAGAAUAACACAGAAAAAUGGAGAUAUCGAUGAUUAUAAUGAAAGCCAUGUAAUUGUUUCCUUACAUAUACAUCUCAGAUGCUGUUGCCUUUUCUUCUAAGUGGUUUUGUCUGCCACCAGGAGGGUCUAUUGCCUUACCCAGAUGGGUAUUCUGCUUUUGUGCAGAUCAUUUUUUCUUCUGGAAAUUCAGAAAUUGUAGAGCGCACAGAUUAUUCCUUUAUGGAAAAGGUAAAGAACAGUCUGAUACAGAGGAUAGCUCUUUGUUUCUCAGUGAUUUUACAGUCCUCAGUUCCAGCCUGACCCAAGCAAGCCAAGAACUCUUGGCAAAGAUGCUGAGUUUUAAAUACAUGCUUGAGAAUGUAUUCAUGACAAUUUGUGACCAAAUAUGGAGUGAUUUCUUUGUUGGUUAAAUAGUACUACAGAACCACAAUUAUGACGUCAGAAGAUGGAGAAUUUGAUCCCUACCUUGAUAUUUUGUGAAAUAAUUAAUCAUUCAUGAUAUUAAAAUCUUUGCUACUUCUUAUUUUCUAUCCUUUGUUCUUUUUCCUGUCAUCGUCAGAUUAAUCACACUAAUGGAGAGAUGAUUCAGGCACAUACUGAUAUUCAUUGGGAUAAUACAAACAUAUUAUUUUCUCUACUUCCCCUUUACACCAUCUCUAUUUUUAUUUUUUACAUCCAUUUCAAAAUCUGCUCCCAGCACUAAAUCACAUAAAUAGAAAAAAUAAAAGUAAAUAUAAUAUCUUAUUUCUUUCCUGCUUACACAUCCAAACAUGGAUUUGCUCAUUUGACUACUGCCUGGGGAGUUUGGUUAUUUAGCGAAAUUAGAUUGUGAAAUUCAUUUAAAAAUGAUGUAUUUUCAGGUUUCACUUCCCAUACUUAUAAGAAUUGGUACGGUUCCAUGUUUAAGGGCAAUACAUUUCCUCUAUUAAAAACAAAAAACAAAAAACCAAAAACAAAGCUAUUUUAACAUAAAUAAGAAUAAACAUAAAUGUGAUUAUUACAAAUACUUUUUUUUUCCUCACAUUUAAAGAGCACAUUUCUUGACAAAUGUUGUCACGUAUGUUUUAAUCUAUUAGCUGAAAUCUAUUAAAUCUGCCUGAAAAUUAAAUUAUAAAUGUACUUUUACCAGCUUUGUUCUAAAACUUAAGAAAAAGAAUUCAGUGAGAAAAUCUUAUCCAAAUAGCCUAACCUGAGUGUAGUUAAGUAUUCACAGAGAUCUCUAUUAGCAAGAAGUCCUGGAAGUGCUACAAGGGAAAUGCAGCUGGUGGUAGCACUCCCUUUCUCUGUUCUGUUUCGUUUAUGCAUAUUACUUGGCUUUAUAUUUUAUUGCUGGUUACAGAACACAGCUGGAAUUGACAAUGAUGAAGUUGAUGGCAACAGUAUAUGUAGUUUCAGAAAGAAAAAGGGAAUCAAAGGUACCACAAAGCAUGCUCCUCUAUUAAAAAAUGAGAAGAUUGAGCCAUCUCUCACCUCAAAAAUCCCAGAUCCUCAUCCUCUUCAAGGAACCAUUGUUAGUUCAGAACCACCACUGCAUCAUUCUCUUCAAAACCUGAAUAAUUUUCCUCUGGUAGAAAACGACAGAGGGGACAGAGGCAGUUCCUAUUUUGGCAGCAACGUGAAAGGAGACAUGUCUGGGGAAACACAUGACAUCCCAGAAAACGCUCACAGUGGGAAAAUAGCAAUAGAAAAAAUGCAGGAGGGGACAGAGACAUCAGGUAAAACAAAGCUGUCCAUGGGUGUACAAUCCACAGGCAACACAGAGAAAGUUGAAUGCACAGAGACAGUGUGUGAAGAAGAGGCCAGUGAGAAGACAGAGCAUAAACAAGAGGUCUGGGGCAGGAUGGAUGAAGAAAACAGCAAGUUUCAUGUGACAAAGAUGGGUUCCCUGGAGAGCACUGCAACCACACAAGGGAGUGACACUGCUGUAUCUUUAGCACCUGGCAUUUCUAGACAAAGUCUGCAAGAGCUGAAAAAACUUCUGAGUGAAGGCCCUCUGCCUGCCCAUGGGCCCAAUUACAGAGACGGGUCAAGUGGCACUUUUAGUCAACAAAACCUGAAGCCUGUGGAGAAAAGAGCUGAAAAACAAGGCAGGCCCUUUGAGACGCUUAGUCUCCAUUUUGGAAAAGAUACUCAAAAGUACCACAGUUUUCAUGAGGAGGGAGCAGGGCAGCAGAGCAAUCCUCUGCUGGUCCUCAGCUCUGCAGGAUCUGAUCAACCGCAACCAGUAGGAGGUGAGGUGGAUCAGCCAUUCCUGAAACAACCAGAGACUUCCAUGAGUGCCGAAAGUUCUGCUCCUGAGAUUCAGUUUGACUCUUCUGCAGGUAAUGCUGCAUCCGGCAGAGAACCUGAUAUAAACAGCCUCAGAAUUCCAAGCCUCCUUCACCUGUUCUCUCACAUUGAAUUUAUUAAGCAGCAGAUGGCCAGGGACAGCAUACAGUUCGUCAGAUUUGAAUCAAUAGAUCUCCAUGGUGUGUCAAGAUCAAAGAACGUUCCUUCUCGCUUUUUUCAUGAAAAAGCAAUUCAUGGUGUUGCCAUGCCCAGAAGCUAUCUUGAACUGACCCUUAAUCCUAAGGAUAAUGAAAUAGAUUAUAUAAAUGCAACCAAUUUUAAUUGUGACAUAAUCCUGAAUCCUGAUUUAUCAACGUUUCGAAUUCUACCCUGGACGGAGCAGACUGCUAGAGUGAUAUGUGAUUCCUUCACUGUAUUGGGCAACCCUCUAAUGACCUCGCCUAGGCACAUUGCCAAGAAGCAGCUGAGCGAGCUUCAGGACAAUGGCUUUUCUCUACACUCUGCCUUCACUUAUGAAUUUUGUAUUUAUGGCAUUACUGAGGUUGUAAAUUCAAAGACAAUAUCCUUUCCUGCAGCAACAAUACUAAAUAACCAUGACCAGACAUUCAUUCAGGAGCUCAUUGAAGGAAUGUAUUCUACUGGGGCCAACAUUGAAAGCUUUUCUUCUUCUAGUGGGCCUGGACAAAUGGAGAUUACUUUUCAUCCAGCAUUUGGCAUAGAUGCUGCUGACAGUGCCUUCACGUUUAGAACAGGUAUUAAAGAAGUGGCUAAGAAGUAUAGCUACAUAGCUAGCUUUUUCUCAGAAUCAGGAUUCUACAAUUCAGGUGCUCUCUCACAUAGCCUGUGGGAUCUGAGUGGCCAGAAGAAUUUGUUUUCUGCUGGUUAUGGAGCUGAAGAGCUCACAGAUAUUGGAAAAAAUUGGCUAUCUGGUCUCCUGGCACACUCAGCAGCUAUUAGCUGCUUGAUGGCUCCAACCACCAGCUGCCGUAAGCCUUAUUCCAAAUACAGCAAAGAAUCGAAGGAGACUGUAAGUGCAAAAUGGGCAUAUAAUGAUAACAGCUGUGCCUUUAAUGUCAAAUGUCAUGGUGGAAAAGGAACUCACAUCGAGAAUAAAUUAAGUUCUGCUACAGCAAACCCCUACUUGGUACUUGCUGCUACUAUUGCUGCAGGCCUAGAUGGAGUAAAGAGAGGACUUAGGUAUGAUGAUACAUCUCAGGAAGAAGACCACAUAUCUGAUCUGAAACCUUCAUCCAUCCCUCUGAAGCUAGAAGAUGCUCUUGUGGCACUUGAGAAAGAUUCAUGCAUUAAGGAAGCAUUAGGUGAAACUUUCAUCAGUUAUUUCAUUGCCAUGAAACAUUAUGAGUUAGAAACUGAAGAAAUGGAUAGUGAAAGGAACAAAUGCCUGGGGUAUUUUAUUUAGAGGGAGCACUCUUCUGUACUGAUGCUGUGUAAAUGCAUAUAGUGUAGACAAAUAUCUUGAAAUUAGUAAAUAUAUUUUAAAAUGUU